UGGCAUCUUUAUUCUCACCAUCUUUCUCAUCUUGUUCCUUUCCAUUUCUUGCAUCUGUUAUUUGCCUCUUUCUUCUUCAUCAUGACUCUUUUUGGCAAAAUCAGCACUGAAAUUGGUGUUCAUGCAACUGCUGAAAAGUGGUACAACCUCUUCGCAACUCAACUCCAUCAUGUUCAAAACCUUGCUGACAGAGUUCAUGGAACCAAGCUGCACCAUGGUGAAGACUGGCAUCAUAAUGAGUCCAUCAAGCACUGGACUUAUAAAAUAGAUGGAAAGGUUACAACAUGUCAUGAGAGUAUUGAAUCCGUUGAUGAAGCAAACAAAACAAUCAACUACAAACUCUUCGGUGAAGAGAUCGAUGACAAGUUCAAGGUGUUUAGGCUCAUAUUUCAAGCAAUUGAUAAGGAGAAUGGAAGUGCUAUAAUCAAAUGGACCAUUGAAUAUGAGAGGGUUGGUGUAGAAGUUGAACCUCCAUACGGCUACAUCGAGUACGUGCACAAAUGCACCAGUGACAUUGAUGGUCAUCUUCUCAAGGCAUAGCUCAAAAACUUAUGUAUAAAAA